CGAUUUGAGCCAAUCGCAAGCGAGCAGCGCGUGACGUCGGCCUGGUAAACAAACAGGAGCCUGGCGGCCAUUGCGGUCCCGAGCGCGACACAAAGCACCGUCCAAGCAACAUUCGUGGCCCCGCUGCACUCGUGCCACCCGUGCCCUUGUCAGGAGCGGCGCCAUGAAAGACCCGAGGCUAAAUCACGCCGGCGCCAGCGGCAAAGGCGCCCCGAGCGUGCACAGCGGCCCGCCGGAUUCCGACCCCUUCGCCGAGUACAUGUGGAUGGAGCACGAGGAGGAGUUCGACAGGCAGGUGGAGGAGGAGCUGUGGGAGGAGGACUUCAUGGAGCGCUGCUUCCAGGAGAUGCUGGAUGAGGAAGAGGCGGCGGAGUGGUUCGUCCCGGCCAGAGACCUGCCGGAUGCCCGCGGCCAGAGGGCGGAUCGGCCGACGACCAACAUCCCGAGCGUCCUGAACCCCGAUGCCAAGGAGUUCACACCGGGCAUCCAGAAGCACGCCAUGUGACCGAACGCGGGCACGUCAUGCGCAAGAUGGCCGCGGCGUCACCGCCCGAUGGAGUGCGGGCGUGUCGGCUCGAUUGGCUGCCAUGCCGCCGGUGCGUUACGUCACGUUCACGUGGUGAUGUCUGCUUGCUUGAAAAUUUUUGUGGCUGCAGGGGGGGUGGGGGGGGCGUGCUACCCACAAUGCUUUGCUGCCGCACAAAAGGUGCAAAACUAAUGUAGGGGAAGCAAAAAGACAAAAUGGUGUAAAAACAAAUCUAUUUUUGAAAAUAAACGUUUAUCGAAGAAAA